AUGUCGGAAGAAACACACGAUGCCGCAAUUCGUGGCCCUGUGGCCAUUCGUGCAGCCAUCCUAGUCUCGGGCGUCGUCGGCUGGAUGCUAACCGUCACCUUCUGCUUCUGCAUGUCAGAUUACGAAGCGAUCAUGGCGACACCGACCGGUCUCCCAGUCGCACAGAUCUUCUUCAACGCGGGCGGUAGGACGGGCGGAACGAUCAUGUGGUUCUUCGUUAUGCUCGUGCAGUUUUUCACCGGUUGCUCUGCCAUGCUGGCGAAUGCACGAAUGGCGUGGGCAUUUUCUCGCGACGCCGCCUUUCCGUUUUCGGGCUUCUGGAGCAAGGUCAACCGCUACACACACACGCCGGUCAACGCGGUCUGGCUCGUCGUCGCCUUCUGCAGCUGCCUCGAUCUGAUCGGUAUUGGAAGCACACUGACCAUCACCGCCAUCUUCAACAUUACCGCGCCAGCCUUGGACAUUAGCUACAUUGCCGUCAUCAUCGCGCACCGCUGGUACGAAGGGCAGGUCCAGUUCCACCCGGGGCCAUACACCAUGGGCAAGUGGAGCAAGCCCGUCAACGCGAUUGCAGUCACAUGGGUCAUCUUCAUCAGUGUGGUCUUGUUCUUCCCCACAGCCAAACCGGUCAAGGCGAGCAACAUGAACUACGCCAUCUGCGUGGCAGGAUUCAUUGGGCUGUUCAGCACAGUCUGGUGGUACGCUGGAGCGAGGAAGACGUAUGUUGGUCCUCGCACCACCGACACCAUCGACAUGCUUCCACCCGAGGAUCCCGAGGAGAUUUUUAGCGAUUAUGACACACCUUGA